AUGAACCCCGGACAGCACCUCGAUUUCAGCUCUGCCACGGAGGAGGAUAGCUUUAUGGAUAACGAAAUCAAUCGCAGUGAACCAAUGAUGGGCUUGCAUGAUUUUGCCUGGUACAUGCUGCCCACUGUGGUCACGGUGCCACCACUGGGGUUACCCACCAACGCUCUGGUCAUACGCCUCCUACUGGGAAAACCUGGAAUCUGCUCAACCUCGGAGAUCUUCACACUCAAUCUUGCUCUAUUCGACAUGCUGUUCUGCGUCAUGGUCCUCACCGAGUACAUCCGUUUCCUAUGCAAUACAACAGCAGAAGCUGCUAACUUCAUGGCGUGGGGUUUGAAUCAGGCAGGGGGGCCGAUGUUGCUCUGCAUGUUGAAUUUGGACAGCUACAUAGCCGUCUGCCAUCCACUGGUCUUCCUUCGACUCAAGAAUCCUAAACUGCGGGUGUCGCUGUGCUUAGUGGUGAGCGCCUUAACUGUUGCUUGUUGCUGUCUGGUGAAGGUCUCCUCAGUAUUCAAGUGGAAUGUGAUACUGGCGCUCCUGAGCACUGCCAUAGUGAUCAUAUCAACCUGCAACAUCUUGAUUCUCAAGUCCCUCAGCAAAUCAGGGCCCAGCAGGAAGGAGGUCCACCCAGUGAAAAAGCGAGCAUUCAAGCUAGUGUUGACUACGUUUGUGAUGGUCAACUUUCACUACCUCCCCCCAGUUGGCGAGUACCUGCUUAGGCAGUUUGGUCCCAGUUCUUUCAGACCCUUUUCAGUGAUCACCUUGGCCUCCUACAUGGUCCUCUCCUUGGGCAGUUUCGUUCAGCCUCUGAGUUAUCUGGUCCGGACCAAACAUCUACCCAAGAUCGGAUGUCUCUGUGGCUCAACUGCUGAAAAAAAACCCAGUUGCAACAGUUUAGAGCAGCAGCCUGACUUUCAUGACAUGAAAUGUAAGGGAAGACCUGGACUGUAA